CUCUCUCUCACUCCCCCAUUGACCGGCUGUGGACUUGACUUGGAUUCGGAAUUGAAGGGGCAACAUCAUGGGUUUCUUCACCGGGUUUUGCAGCGGUUUCGCCCUCACCUCCUCCGUCCUCUACCUCGCCGUCCAAGCACACCGAUCCAACCGUCUCGAGCAGCGCCAGACCAUCCGCGAGCAGACCCGGGCUCUGAACUGGGUGGCUGAAUCCACCGGCGCAUAUGAUCGCCGGCUCCUCCCACGAGAAGACCUGCUGCUGAUGGAACAGAAGGCGACGCCUCCGGAACCGACCCUGCAAGAUCAUCUGAAGCAUCGCUGGAAUCAAGAGGUGGAGGGACUGGCGCGGAAGGCCCAUGAGAGUCGGUGGGAGGAUGCUCGUCAUACGGCUGCGAAGGGUUGGAACUCGGUGGUAAGGUUUGUUAAGUGGGAGUGAGGGAGCCUGUUCUGUGGCUGGCUACCUUGUGUGCGAGGUUCAUUGGAUUACGCGUGUGUGUAUGAGUACGUGUG